AUGACGCGUACUAUUCUGCGUCACGCGGUUCCACAAGCGGCCUCGCCCAAAGUAGCAGCAUCCAAGACAUACUCGGAAUCUGCGCUACCACCAGUCGAUAAGCUUUUUCCACGUUCUGAUCUAGAGCCACGUAUGAAAAAACACUUGGUGCGUGUAGCUAAUGAAACAUCUAAUGCAUUGAUCCGAGACACACUUGGUCAAGGUUCGUAUAGCAGUAAACAGUGGCGACCUGCACAGCGAUCACGAAGCUCUGCCGGUAGUAUUAACGUAUUACAUGGUCAAAAUCGAGGUGCAAGAGAUGUUAAAGAUGCUACGUGCGUACGAGCUGUAAGUGAUGACGUGCAUGCGAGUAUCGAAGAGUUUGCGCUAUUGUUCAAGCUAGACUCAAGUCGUGAAGCAGCUGACCAUUUGUUGCUCUUUAACGCGGACUUAAUGCAACAUGCAACUUUAUAUACACUCGUAGCACCCUCUGGUGAGCAGCCACGACGGUAUGUGGGCGUUAAGUGGGCGCUUGUUGCGUCGCCAUCGCGAUUUUUUCGAAAUCGUGAUUUUUGCUAUCUUGAGUGUCAAAAAGAAUUUACAGAUGCCAAAGGACGACGUGGUUGGGUACGAUCGUUGCAUUCAUUAAAGCUACCAUGCUGUCCAUCACUUGAGAAAGAACAUGGCGUUGUACGUGCGAGUAUCUACCGGUCGGGACUUACGGCUGUCGAAACGGAUGAACCGGGUGUACUUAGUGUCACGUAUACAGUUGAGCUUGAUUUAAAAGGGCGGAUGGCGUUGGAAUUAUUACAGCCUGGAUUUGUCGCUCAGCGUGUGGCAGCACUAGCCACGGUGGACAAGCUCUUGCAGCAACAACGUUUAAGUAGUAGUCCAUUGCUAGGAGAUUUGGAUAUUCCAGCGAAAAAACGCAUGCGUGGCAGCUGCAACUUAUGCUUUCGAGAAUUUGUAACGACAGGAGGAAUUCGAGAUACAUUUGCAGCGAUUACGAAUAUGUCGACAAAAUCUAAGCGCUAUGUUUGUCGCAAGUGUGGUGAAGGUGUGUGUAAACGAUGUAGUGAUGACUGGUGGCUUGAUGUGCCAGUGGUUGGACGUACAAAAGUUCGUAUAUGUACCGUAUGUUCCGCCGAAGCUAAACACUCACAUAUCUCAGCACAUACGAUACGUGCUGGUACAUGUCCAGUGCAAGGACAUGACAGAGAACCGACAACGGAGGUAGAAGGUGUGACUCAUCCAAAUUUAUUGGACUUACCUCUGCGAGCCAGAGGACGUUCAUUGUCGUUGCUGGAUCGAUCAAGUGAUGUAGCAGCUUAUUAUGCACAACAAGAGGAAAUUAAACGAGACUUAGAGAUCCGUGCGACAGAACUAAAUCGACGUGUAAAAAUUUGGGACGAGAUGCAAAUGUACAAUCGAGACACAGGUCUACUUUCCGACAAACAGCAAAAUGAAAUUUUACAAGAACAACAUGUUCGUGAGAAACGACGCGUGUAUGAGGCAAAGCACCCUUUAAGAGUGCCUUCCUCGAGAAUGGUGGAACAGGAAGAAGAAAAAGAGGAGCCGGAAGCCGAGUUAGGACCGCAACAUGGCCGGUAUCGAAGUGUCUCUACGAGUGAGAAACCAGAGUUAUCAAGUCUUGAACGGUACCCUUCGUUCAUGUCGUCCGAAUUGAGUGUAAGUAAUGCCAGCGAUCAUGAAGAAGACGAUUUUAUUCGGCUCACCGCUGAUACUGGCAUGCGACUGUCUUCAGAAUUCUGCGACAGUAAUAUAUCUAACUAUAAGGAACAUGAUAAUUCGGGUGAGAUCCGUACUACUACGGAUGUAACACGCUGGUGGCAACAUCAACAAGCCACCAGCGAAUCAAGCGCACAGUCAAAUGUCCAUCCACAAAAUGCUACCACUCCCGUGGUGAACUUUGCAGCUCUUAGCAUCAAUGAUCGCGGGGCGCAAAUCAAUAUCCAAAAACCACUACAAAAACGGCGUGCACCGGCGGCUCCUUUAACAACACAGGAACAGGACUUGGCUGAUUUAUACCACUGGAAGCAAGAGAUUUUAAUCGAAAAUCGACAAAAGCACUUUGAUAUCGUCAAGCACCGACAACAAAUGCAGGAGUUUGAAGAACAGGCGCGCUAUCACGAAGAACAGGCUCGUCGUCAGCAGCAGCUUGAUUUUGAGGAGAUGGCUCAGUAUCAAGAGGAGCAGCUUCGUCGUCGAGGUGAAUCGCUCGAUGCGCCUGUGUGCUCACCUGAGAUUCCGCAACGUGUAUGGCAUCAACCAAUUCAGCAGCGUCAUCAUGAAUUGGAUUGUUUGCAAUCUUGCCAUCAUCAAUUACGUGAUGAUGAGCGACCAAGCAGUAGCCAAUUUGUCACUGGUUCUAGUUCCUCUGACGUCGCGAAGGAAAAACAUCUACAGAAUCAGCGGCAGCAACAUCUCGCGGUCGCUUCUGAGCGCAACGAGGAGUCUUGUCCUCGUUUGAACAGUGCGCCUGAUGAGACUUCUGGGGAUGACGUUGAGCAUAUGGAAACGUCUCAGGGUGAGUGGGUUCCGAUUGACGAAGCGCUCGCUAGAAGAGCGACUUCUGACUUUGCUUCGAUUGUGAGCUCGCCUUUACAUGGUUAA